UGUGGAUUCAUGUUUCUCAGAAUUUCAGUGUGGAUACUAUUUUAUCUGAGAUGUUAGAGAAAGCAACCAAAAGGGAAAAGGUUAAGUUUAGUAGUCCUGACAUGCUGGAAACUGAACUGAAGGAAAACCUGAAGGUAAAAAGAUUCUUCUUGGUACUGGAUGAUUUCUGGAGAGAAUGUGUCAGUGACCAGCAACUGGAUCGACUACUUUCUCCAUUGAUGGUUGAGAAGAUGGGAAGCAAAAUAUUGGUGACCACUCGAUUUGCAGAUGCAGCAAGAGCUCUUGGUGCUCAGAACCUGAUUCCAAUGCCUGAAAUGGACGAGAACCAAUACUCGUUAAUGUUCAUGCAUUAUGCAAGGAUCAGUGACCAAGCAUUAUCAAGUGAGCAUGAGUUGAUUGGGAAAAAAAUUGCUGAAAAGCUAGGACGAUCACCUCUGGCAGCAAGAACAGUGGCAGGGCAGCUAAGAGGAAAAUAUAUUAAUUAUUGGAAACGUACCAUGAACAGUGACUUGUUGAACAAUGAAACUUGGGCCGCUCUAUGGUGGAGCUACCAACAACUUGAGGAUCAUGUCAAGCAAUGUUUCACAUAUUGUAGUAUGUUCCCCAGAAGAUAUAGGUUGCGGCGAGACGAGCUAGUUCACCUGUGGGUGGCACAAGGGUUUGUGGAUAUGGAAGAUAUCGGUCAUGACUGCUUUGAUGUGCUACUGUCAUGCUCAUUUAUUCAACCAAAAGGAGUGGGUUGGCACUUUACAAUUCAUGAUCUGAUGCACGACUUAGCGAAAAGAGUUGCUGGAAAUGACUGUUUCACAUUUGAGAAAGGCAUGGUGGAUCGAAUUCCUCAAGAUGUUCGGCAUCUUUGUAUCGAGUCCUACGAUGAAACUGUGUUUAGAGAGCAGGUUUUGAAAUUGAAGACCUUGCGCACUAUAUUUGUCUCUGAUUGGAUGGCAACGAUGGCUGAAAAAGAUUGGGAGAAACUGCUCAUGAAUCUAAAGAAGCUGCGGGUAGUGCAGGUGCCCGGAUGGAAGGGAAAGAUCCCAAACUAUAUUGGUGAACUGAAACAUCUCCGGUACCUUUCUUUUAGUCGGAUAGGUAUUGAGACGAUUCUGCCACACACAUUUUGCAAGCUUUACCAUCUGCAAAAAUUUUCUGCAUCAGAAUGUAAAGUUGAUUUAUCCCUCGUUAAUGAAACGAUCAGCAACCUUGUCAAUUUGCAGUACAUCGACAGAGUCAUCGGGUGGGACUUUCGUAACAUAAGGAGGAUGACGGGGCUCCGAACUUUGGGUGCCUUCAUUGCGAGGGAGCGAAGGGUUAUGAGAUACAGCAGCUGGAGCACCUGGACAACCUUCAUGGCGACCUAUGGAUCGAAGGACUUGAAAACGUUAACAGCAAGGAGGAAGCUCAGCAGGCCAAGCUAGCUAACAAGGUACAUCUCUCAGAACUGACACUCAGAUGGCCGAUCGAUGAUCAGAGCUUGACCGAAGAUGACCGGAAGUCAAAGAAAGCACGUAGGAAUUGUUAUCAGAGUCCAGAUCCUCAAGAGGAGGUCCUUGAGGCCCUCCGUCCACCAUCCCUGCUCAAAUCACUGGCAAUCAGAGACUACAGCGGAUCGAAAUACCCAAGUUGGCUGUCGGGAAAACCGGGCACCCUAGAGAACCUGCAAUGCCUCAAGUUCUAUAGAUGCAAUGGAUUGAACUCUUUGCCUGAGAACAUGGAACAUCUAACAUCUCUCGAGGAAUUAGUAAUCAGUAACUGCAAAAAAAUCAUGUCACUACCAAGAUUACCUCCAUCCCUCAAGAAACUUGAACUUGACGAUUGGGAAGGAUCGGAUAUUCCCUCUAUGACCAGUGAACUUUUUUAUUUGCGUGUGCUUGUUAUUUCAGACUGCAGCUGGAACUCUUUGCCUAAGAACAUGGAACAUCUAACAUCUCUUGAGGAAUUAAUUAUCCGUGACUGCAAAAAAAUCAUGUCACUACCAAGAUUACCUUCAUCCCUCAAGAAACUUGAACUUCACAGAUGGGAAGGAUCGGAUGCUCCCUCUGGGAUCAGUGAACUUUUUUAUUUGCGUACGCUUGAGAUUGGAUUCUGCAGUUGGAACUCUUUGCCUGAGGACAUGGAGAAUCUAACAUCGCUCGAGGUAUUGACUAUCAUUGGCUGCAAAAAAAUCAUGUCCCUACCAAGGUUACCUAUGUCCCUUAAGGAACUUACAUUUUUCGAGUGUAACCGCUCUCUCAUGGAAAGCUGUCAAACGGUUGGACAUCCAAAUCGGCAGAAGAUUGAGUAUAUCGCAGACAAAUUCAUUGGUUCUUACUACAUGUAGCAGCAGUAUGCACGGGUCAGAGGAUGCAUGGAGCUGAUGGAGAAUCAUGGAGGCACACAACUAUACGAGCCUACGCCAUUCGGCACGCCCACUUCUCGAUCCAGCUUCUCUGCAGUCCCUACCGCAUGCUUGUGUGCCAUGUUGGUUGUGUGUUACUUGUGUAUCAAUGAUGUGAAGACAAUGUGUCGUAUUUCAUUUGUGACUAUGUUGUAUUUGAAACGGAGU